AUGCCCGCCGGAUUCAAGCGACCGCAAUCAUCUGAACGCUGCACUGGUCCCGCAAAAAAGGGUGUGAGGGUGUCUCCGUUGGGAGAGUUCGAGGAAUUUUCUCUAGACAACGCUGUGGCCAAUACGAAGACCGGUGCUGUUGCUGCUCGUCUAUCGAAGGCCGUUCUAUUGAAGAUUUUUGAACAAGACGCGACGAUUUAG